GGGCUGAAUUACGAGAUUGACACUGUCUGCCACCUGGCGGCUAGUGGCCAGUGGGUUGGUGUUUGGUGAAAACUUAAUAAAAUAAACACCAGCCUUCUGCUAUAUAGAGUACAGUAUUUCACAAUACAGCCGCAGUAGUUAUCACUGUGCAGAGAGAGAGAGAGAGAUCGAGAAAGAGACCGAGAGAGAUUUGCAUCUACACAAAUAAGGAUACUACAAGGAGAAGAAUUUGAUCCUUGUUCUUCCAAUGUCGUCAAUGGCUCAGCUUCACCGGUCACUUAUACCCAGUCAUUAUCACCAAUUCAAGUCUAAUACAUCCAUGGAUCGUGUUUAUAAUAAUCUUGCUUUCCCUUCCACACCUACAUCUUCAAACCUCUUCAUCUCUCCUCUUCCUAAAGUUCAGCUCACCCUUAAUUUCCUCACAACCAAGUUUCAAUUUCCUUGUGCCACUGUAGCUGGCGGUGGUAGCAUCAAUGAUGGCAUUGGCGGUUCUAGCGAAGGAGGUGGUGGUGAUGGUAACAAUAAUGGUGAUGGUUCAUCUUCUCCUAAUCCCGAUGACUCUUCAUCAUUAGAUGGUUUUGGACCCUUGGGGGCUUUUUUAAGUGGUUGGAGGUCCAGAGUGGCUGCUGAUCCUCAAUUUCCUUUUAAGGUUCUUAUGGAGGAGAUAGUGGGUGUGAGCGCUUGUGUUCUGGGUGACAUGGCUACUCGCCCAAAUUUCGGUCUUAAUGAGCUGGAUUUUGUUUUCUCAACUCUUGUUGUUGGCUCCAUAUUGAAUUUUACUCUCAUGUAUCUCUUGGCACCUACACUGGCAUCUUCUGGGGCUGCAUUGCCCGCCUUCUUUGCCAGUUGUCCUCCUAGUCACAUGUUUGAGCCUGGCCCCUUCAGUGUUCUUGAUCGGUUUGGGACUUUUGUGUAUAAAGGAAUGGUGUUUGCUGGCGUUGGGUUGGCAGCUGGAUUGGUUGGGACUGCUUUAUCCAAUGGGUUAAUCAUGAUGAGAAAGAAGAUGGAUCCUACAUUUGAGACUCCGAACAAGGCGCCACCUACCUUGUUGAAUGCUCUUACUUGGGCAGCCCACAUGGGUAUUAGCAGUAACUUCAGAUACCAGACCCUCAACGGGGUUGAGUAUGUGCUUGCCAAGGGGCUUCCAUCAUUUGUAUUCAAGACUUCUGUGGUUGUUUUGAGGGUCAUGAAUAAUAUUCUGGGUGGGAUGUCUUUUGUGGUACUGGCAAGGCUGACAGGAUCACAAAGCUCUGGUGCUAAGGAGGUAAAGCUGGUCACUGGUGAGGAGGUGGAAGCAUUGGCUACUUCUGCUGAUGAGAAAGAAAAAUUGUUACAAGACUGUGAUAGCGGCGAGUCUGUCCCCAAGUAGUUAUUUUACUAUACCAAUCCGUUGAAAUGGCUGUCUUUACAUUAGAUAACUUGUGUCUCUUUUGCAUCUAUAAAUAAAAGAACAGUUUUGGAUUUCAAGCUAAACAAAGAAAUGUGUUUUUGCUGUCUUGUAGAGUAGCCAAGGAAUAAGGGCUAUUAAUUAAACAUUUCAUUGUAAUCCACUCUUCAUUGUUAGUGCUUGGUAUAUUAUUUAA